GAGUCGCUCCACCCGGCGGAGUGGAGCCGGGGCACGUGUCCCUGCGCGCUGUGCCCUCGCUGUGUGGUCCCCCCCUCUCCCACACACACCCCCCACUUCCGGAGUAGAGGCGGCGGCCGAGAUGCAGUUGGUGCUGCCGCCCGAGGCCCGGGGCCUCCCGCCUCCCGCCAUCGUCAACAGGAACACGGUGUGGCUCGGCCUCCUGGGCUGGACCUCGUCCCUCCUCCACAACGCCCUGAACCACCGGCCGCCCCUCAAGGCGGGUAUCCAUCGACAGAUACUUUUCACGAGCGUUGCCUGGUAUAUUGGCUACUACCUCACCAAGUUGGAAAACUACAAGAAAGCUAAAGUAGAGCAUGAAAUGUUUGAAUACAUAAGACUCCAUCCAGAGGACUUUCCUGAAAAAGAGAAAAAGAAGUACGCUGAAAUCCUGGAGGAUUUUGUUCCAAUUCGCUAAAAUCACCUGGCAACGACUUUCUGUUGGCAAUGUUUGGUUCUUGUUAUAACCAUACACCAGUCUGAGCGCUUGUCAGGCUCGGUAUAAACCAUGUUAAUCUGUGUAUGCUCAGUGUUUCUCAUAGAUUUAUGUAAAUGGAUUUGCUGUAAUAAAUUAUAUG